UUGAUCAGAGGUUUCCAUAGUAACAGCCGGGACUUCGUAGCCUUUGUUCGCCGUCACAACAGAGUGCACUGGCCGCCCGCUCUUCAUUGAUCAGUCACUCUCGCCAUGGCGGCCCUAAACCUUUCAGAACCAUGACGGUGUCUAACAACAUGGCUGAUUCUUCCUCACGGGAACGUGAAGGAGAAGCAGAACGCAAACACAUCGAACAACAACAUCGAGAAAAGAGUCUGACACCUUUCGAACGCUUGACGUACGAUUUAUCUCACGACGAACGCUAUAUCAAGGAAAUAACUCUCGGCAAACGAAUUGGAUUUUAUCGCAUUCGAGGAGAAUUGGGUAGUGGGAACUUUUGCCAGGUUAAAAUGGGAAUACAUUCACUUACAAGAGACAAAGUUGCUAUCAAGAUCUUGGACAAGACAAAGUUGGAUCAGAAAACGCAACGAUUGCUAUCUAGGGAAAUUUCUUCGAUGGAGAAACUCCAUCAUCCCAAUAUAAUCAGACUUUAUGAAGUGAUCGAAACGCUUUCCAAGCUGCACAUCGUGAUGGAAUACGCGCCUGGUGGCGAAUUGUUCGCUCGAAUUUCGAACGAGGGAAAAUUGCACGAGCGAACAGCUCGUCGAAUUUAUGCCCAAGUAGCAUCCGCAGUAGAACAUAUGCAUGACAACAACAUAAUUCAUCGCGACCUCAAAGCAGAGAAUGUGUUCAUUGCGGGUCCGAAUUUAGUGAAGGUUGGAGAUUUCGGGUUUAGUACAUUGUCAACUAAGGACAGCACACUUAAUACUUUUUGUGGUUCACCACCAUAUGCCGCCCCGGAAUUGUUUAAGGAUGAACACUACAUCGGAGUGUAUGUGGAUAUUUGGGCUUUAGGAAUACUACUUUAUUUCAUGGUCACUGGCGUAAUGCCAUUCCGUGCCGAGACAGUAGGCAAGCUAAAGAAGUGUAUUCUCGAUGGAACUUAUUAUUUGCCAGAGUUUUUGACCGAUCGCUGUCGGUUCCUUUUACGGAACAUUCUAAGACCUGUUCCUACAGAUAGGUUUACAAUGGAGGAGAUCAAACACUCCGCUUGGCUUGAAAGCGAAGUGUUUCCACGGCCUGAUACAAAGUACAGUCUCUGUCCUUCCGGUACGGAGAGUACGGAGUUGUCUGAAGACGAACGAGAUGCCUUGAACACGAUGAAAGAACUUGGAAUUUCGUCGGAACAUUUUGCGAAAUGUAGAGAUUCAAGGGACAGUAUAACAGGAACCUACAGGGUAGUCCUUCAUCGAAUUACGAGAAAGAAAUUAGACCUUAUCCGGAAAACGUCUACACUCAGCACUUACAGCAACAAUAACCACCUGAUGGUGGAUUCUCGACCACACAAGACUGAAAGCAACGAAAGAGGAGCUAAGACGCAACCCAAGUCAAAAUUCUGCAUCAUUCUAUAAUCUCUGUGAAAUAGUUAUUUUUGUUAUAAACUUCGUUAAAAGUUUCAAAAAGUGAUUUUAAUUUUGAACGUGCCAAUUUCAAUUUAUUUUUUGCGAGAACUUCGAAACAUUUUUUUAUUGCUGAAAAACAGAUUUGAAAGGUUCGUACGGUAAGUAUUUGAAUGCUUUCCAUGCAGGUUCGUGGUUUAAUUCUUUAGCAUCUGUUAACACUUGAGUAAUAUUUGCAUAUAGUUUUUACACAUUUUGUCUCAAAAAUUUGUAUAUAAACAUAUCAUACGCGAGGCUCUCGUUGAGGAAAUUGAGACAUGCAAACAUACAUACAUAAGUUAUUUGUUUGGCAAUACGUUGCUGGGUUGUGACCAGAAACCGAUCACUGUAAUAUAUUUUGCAUGAGAGUGAUUUCAUAAUAUACAUUGCAAAACUUCGUAAACCGUCAGUUGAAAUAACCAAUCAAUUAUUGGGAAUUUCAUCUGUCAUCAGAAUGUUCAACUUGAUGAAUUUUGUCUUGUCAGGCUCCAGAUUUGCGAGUGACACUAGCCUAUAUCAAAUUAACAUUCUCAAGCCCUUUCAGAAUAUUUAAUUGAAAUGUUCUCCUAAUAUUGUUCAAGUUCCGUUUAUUGCCUCACAGUCAUGGUCUAGUUGUUUAAUUUUUGCAGAAAUAUUGGUUUAUUACAUGACCAAUCAGGUGUCAAUAUCCAUAGAAAGCUGAGUUAAUUAUUUAUUAACACAACCCAUCUCCAAUCAGCAUUCUUAAAUAUUGACAAUGUUGCAAUUUGAUGAAUGAUGUACCUCAUUUUCUGAAUGAUGUUUACUGAAGAGUGAACUUGCAUAACAUCAUUGACGUCUUUAGCAGACAUGUUCCUAGUUCAAUUUUUUUCGCCUGAGGCAAUGAAAUUAUCAUUGUUAUCGAUGAAAAAUCCACAUAAAUGCAAAAGCAUGUUUGACAAAUUUAUGAGUUUUAAAUUAAUGGAGACAUUUGAAACAAGCUUUGCGAAUAAGAGUGAUUUGGGACAUAGAAAAUGACAUGAAAAGAUUUGUAGAUAUUGAAUUUCUCGAAGACUGGAACAUAUUUUUGCGAUGCAAGUUUGCAUUAACUUUAUUUAAGUCCAGCAUCUUACUGGUGUGAAAAGGAAAAUAAAAAUAUUUUUUAUAAAAAAAGAUGUUGUCGCUUAACUUUCCAUGAAAUGCGAAGGCUUCAGGUCAUAUGAUUGUUUAUCAAAGCAGCAAGUUAACCAAUUAUCCAUAUAAAUUUUUCCCAGCUCAUGACUUACAAUUCUUUUUCUUCAUCUUUUUGCAUUUUGUUCCACAAUCAACUGAUGUUGACUGAAAGCUAGCGGAUACUCUGUGACUUGCACAAACAGACUUGUAUGGGAUAUGGUAACUUUUCAAAAUACAGAUAAUUGUUAUCUCAAACUCGGAUACCUCAAAUCAAGCUCCCCGGAUAUUUUUUUCAGUAAUUUAGUAUCAGCACUAUCUGGAACUAUCUUUCAUUCCCUUGAAAGUUCAAGAUAGUGGGCUCAGCUGUGUUAAGUGAAAACCACCAAACUGAGAUAAAAAUCAAAAUAUUUCAUACCAAUCGGUGACUUAAAUCCUGAUUAUGAUGGUCAUGCUUUGAACUUCUGACUCCAGAAGAAAAUUGAAAAACAACAACAAUAAACAAAAAACAUAUAAUCAGUAUAU